UGCACCCGGUCCACCCUUUCAGUCAGCAUGUCACACGUCUGCCCCCUCUCAGCGACUCCAAAACUCACACGACAUGCUCACUGCUAGAGCAGCAGGGCUCUUGUGCAGCUGACUCUCGACUGCUUCGAAAAUAUACAUCGGCAUGACGAGCACGGCCGCAGCGGCGGUGGUGGAGAAGGCUGGCAUAGCCAUGCGAAUACUCGUCUUUGGUCCGCCCUCUGGCCAAAUCCAGGCUUCGAUCGACAAGGCAGCACAGAUCAACAAGAAGCACGGACCCUUCGAUGCCCUCUUCGUCCUCGGAGAUCUCUUCGCUCCGAGCGAUGCGCGGGAUCGUAGCGAGCAACAAGAGAGAGACCUCGUGGAGGGCACAAUCACUUUCCCCAUCAAGACGUACUUUAUGCACUCAUCGACCGCCUCUCAGUCCAUCCUUGAGCGUCUGCACUCCAGCUUCGAAGAUAUCGAAAGCGCAAGCUCUGGCAGGGUCACGAGAAUAGCAGAGAAUCUCUAUUGCAUUGGCAGACAGGGAGUCGCUAGGAUCGGCAGAUCUGGGCCUGUAGAUGGCUCAGCAAGCGAGGGUUUGCAGGUCGCGUGGAUAGGUGGAACGUGGAAUGGUGCUCUCAAAGGGGUACCGGCGGAGGAUGCUGUGAAGGCGACCUUCAUGACCCGAAACUCUAUCGAGUCGCUGCUUUCGCAUCCUUCCUUCGAAGACCGAGACGCAUUGAUUGCGCGCGCGCAAGCAAUUUCGAGCAGCAGCAGCACAUCGAACGGCGCACCGGCCACUCUGAAAGAAGCGCGCGAAGCCGCGCAAAGAGCGACAACAAGCUCCGAAGCGCUCACAGAGGCCAAAGCUGCAAUCGCAGCAAUACCACCCAUCGACAUUUUACUCACAAACGCUUGGCCCAGCGGUAUCAGUCUCUUUGUGCCGGAGGAGAAGCUGCCACAUCCGACUGCGCGCACUUGGGGCUCGCCGGCAAUAGCCACGCUGCUACUUCGAGGAAAGCCACGCUACUGCUUCUCGCUCGCUCCUGGGCCUGAUGGUGGAGCGAUGGACUUGAACGGAGGAGCAAUCGAUGGGAUCAUAGGUCUCGACACGUCCACGCGCCGAACAGGCGUGUACUUUGAGCGAGCGCCAUACAAGAACUCUCCCCAUGCGCAUGUUGCGGCCUCAUCUACUCGCUUCCUGAGCAUCGCCAGGUUCGGAAACGCAGACAAGAAGAAAUGGUUCGGAGCUUUUAACCUCGUGCCCGCCAUCGAGAUGGACCGCUUGCAAAGAGCAGCAGCUGGAAAGGCUCCGGACGGAUGCACAGCCAAUCCUUUCGGUAGCUCUACGCCUGGUGGAGCGAGUGGCCGAUCAUCACAAGCUGAAGCGUUCGCGAAGAGGGAAAGAGGGAAUGGGGAAAUCGAUGCGUUGGAUUCAGGAGCCAAUUAUAGGUGGGCCGGACAGCCUACCCGCGGUCGCGGCAAAAGGAUUCGACGAGACCCUCACGAUGGCGGGGCUAACGGGCUGCCACAGAAACCUGAUGUGCCUUUGCCUCCUGGCCUCUCGCGCAGAGGCCCGAUCAUACCCGUGGGGCCUGCCGACUGCUGGUUCUGCUUGAGCAAUCCACAAGCGGCAAAGCACUUGAUUGUCUCAAUAGGUACCGAGUGUUACAUCUCGUUGCCAAAGGGCCAAUUGCCCUCCAGCUCCGAUGCCGACUCCAACGUCCCUGGCGGUGGUCACGUCUUGAUAGUUCCUAUCGCGCACACACCGUCCAUCUUUGCGCCUGAGCCUAGCCAAUCCGAAGCAUUGCACGCAGAGAUGAAUGCCUGGCGCAAGGCAAUCUCGCUCGCCUUUGCGUCUUUUGGCAGCGUCGCGGUCUCUUGGGAGAUUGGACGUUCGCCGGGAACGAACAGCACGAGGAUAGGUCAUCUACAGGCACAGUCUGUGCCGGUCGCCAAGGAGCUGGCCGGCGAAAGUCUGGAGCAAUUCUUUAGAGACAGCGCCAAGGAGUGCGGAUACGUCUUUGAAGAGAGAGCGGAAGAGAUUAGCAGGAGACUCGACACGACUCAACAGGAUGCGGACGAGAGGCAAAAGCUGGGAGACUAUUUGAGGGUGGACUUGGGCGAAAAGACUUGGAUGUUGGACAUGUUGCCGGAGAUGACGGGACAUUUCAGCUUGCAAUUCGUCAGAGAAACGCUGGCGAGGUAUCUGAAGAAGCCUGAUCGGGCGGAUUGGAGAAAGUGCGCUAGGUCAGACGCUAUAGAGACGGCAGAGACGAACGCGUUCAGAGACGCCUUUGAACCCUUUGCAAAGGAAGUUGUGGGCGAAGAGGAGGAUGGCUAGGUCUGCAUCUGCCCCUCUGUCUCCCUCUCCAACAAGCGCUCGUGAGCUAGAGCUCGAUGAGCGCACGUUCGAUGCGGAUCUUAGCAAGUUUGUCCUCUUCGAUAUGGACUUCGCGCUAGCAUCGACGCAAUGACAUGAUCUUCUCUGCGGAACGGCGUGAUGUGCCGCAUGGAGGCAAACGAGCUCGAGUUUGAUUGGCGUCGACGUGGCGCAGAAUCGACGAUCCUCUUCCGCAUGGUCGUGAUGCGGGGGAUAGCUUGCGAUGUGUGCUCGCAUCGAUCACACUGCAGAGCGCGAGCGAGCGAGCAAAUUUCUACUUCAUGCCCCUCCCUCCACGCUCCAAGGUCCUCUCCCUCCGCUCCUCUCCUUUUCACGCGCUCGAGAGUGGACCCGUCCAGCC